CAGCACACUUGGUCAAAUCUUUUGGAAGGCACACCCACUCGUGGACCUUUGCUACCUAUCUUGCAGUUCACGAGAACCGCGCGACGAGACAGUAAUGCGGCAAGCAAAUUGUAGACCGGGUUGCUUCCCUCACCUCUUCCAUCCUUCGUCUCAGCAAGCAAGGAUUAUGUAGGGCUGUUCGCCAAAAAUCGACCCACGUGAAGCGAUACCAUUUUUCUCCUCUAAGCACUCGCAGGUCAUCUCAAUCGACGUAACACAGGCUAACCAGAUUCCUCCGCCAUGCGGGCAUCUCAAAUCGACUCCUCCGCGUCACCCGCCGCCCGCACGUUCGAUCCAACCGAGUAUGCUCUCCGUAGGAGAGAGCAGAUCGAGCGCGCGAGGGAGCUACGAGCGGCGCGGUCGAGCAUGAUGGGCACCGGCGUGUCGCGAAUGGACACAGGGCCGAAGCUCACUCGCUCCCUCUCCUCCGAUAACGUCGCCGGCUCUUUCGCGCAGCACGCCUCUCGCUCGUGCGCCGACUCGCGCCGUAACUCCCUGGGACUAUCCUCCUCCUCGGGCCCUCUCGCUGCUCGCACAAUUGAUGGCCACGGCGGCACCAUUCCUCGUACCACGAGCAGCUCCUCUACCGUCUCGAGCAUGAAUAUUUCCCUUAACAGAGCUGCCAGCUGUGCGGUAGGUCGUGCGAGCACCACCACUACUAGUCGCGGGCAUUCCACGUCUACUGCGCCGGCCGGCAGCAGCAGCACUCCGGCCUCCACUGGUAAAUCUGACGGCCGGCAGGGGAACGGACGGCAGCAGAAGCAGCGGCGGCCGCCGAACGAGCGGCAGCGGCCGGUAGAGAUCCGGCAGACACUGAAACUCGACGAGGUCUCGCUGUUUUCGGAAGAAGAGCUUGCGGCGUUCCGCUGCGCUGGUAUGGCUGCUGAGUCGGAAGCCGCCAUCGGCGUGGGGCUGCCAGCGGAAUCCCCGGUAGAGAGCACCGCGUUAGUGGCGGAAGCAGCGCCGCCUGCAGUGGUGGAGAUAAUCGACGACGAGACGGGGGUUAAUCGGACGCCGCCGAGGCACGCGCGAGCGAGGCGAACUGUGCCGCCGGAAGCGACGCAAGCGGCGAUGCAGCACGAUGGGGCGGAAGCUGGUGGGGUAGAGAGCGAGGAGAAGGACAGGGCGCAGAUGGCGGGAGAAAGGGGCAAGGAGCAGCUGCAGAUGAGCUUUCACGGAGAGGAUUCGGCUGGGUUUGCGCACUCGACGAGGAAAGAUGAGAAGAGGCGAGGGGUGAGCUCCCACAAGGAUCAGCCUGAGCUACUUUUGGAUCCGCUGGCAACAUCAGCAGCAGCAGCAGCAGCUGCUGCUGCUGCUUUGAACGGAUCCGGAAUCGUUGAGGAGCGGAAGGCUAUGGACGAGGCGAUUGCGCGGAAGCGGAAUGUAGCGGGAGGAGGCGGUCUGGCAGCGGAGCAGGGGCCGCAGAGCGGAGUGGCGGCAACGACGCCCCGGUCGGCGGGGAAGAAGGGCGUGCGGCUUCUGCGCACGCUCAGCGCGUCCGUGAGCCUGCUCAAGCGCGCCUUCAUGGGCGGCGCUUCGUUCUCCUCCUCUUCCUCUUCCGCCGCCGCCGCCGCCGCCGCCGUCGCUGCGACUGCGAGUAAUGCGGCAAGCGACGGGAAUCACGGAGCAGAAAACCGAGCGACUGCGAAGACGAGCGGUACACUUGCCACGUCGACAGCAAUCAGCGUCACUAUUUGCCGCACUAGUGGCACUACUGGCACUAGUGAUGGCGCUGGUUGUGGUGGCGCUGCCAGUGCGAGCGGCACUCCCAACCUGGUCACCCCCACCAGAACACUCCACACCAUCGUGACGCCCUCCGCUGCUUCCGACCCCGCGCCUUCCAACCCCGCGCCUUCCCCGCUCGCCGCUGACGUCACGCCGCGGGCACUGUUCCACCCGCCCACUGCGACUGCUACUACUGGUUCUUUUGCAGUCAUUUCCGCGAGUCUUGUUCCCGCCAGUGCCUCUACCGCCCACUCCACCCCGCAGUAUAGACUUUCCCAUACGGCGCAAGGCGCGACUUCCGCCUCCGUCUCCGCCUUCCCUCACUCCGGGGCCUUUGUCCCCGCGCCCUGGGACCCGUAUGGCGCUUCCUCCGUCCCCGCCAGCCCCGUCGUGAGUGAGGGCGCAGGCGGAGGGGGGCAGUCUCGGCGGCAACGGUGGGCAAGCAUCGGGGGAGGGCAGGGGGGGGGAAGUUUCAUAGUGCUUGGCGGAAUGAGCGUGGACAGGGCAGGCGGAAGAGUCAGGGGGGAAUCAGGGGAGGGAGCAGACGAGAGAUUCGCCGGGUAUGGCAUGAAGAGGAAAGAGGAAGCUGAGGCUGCCGCCCACAAAGGCAUGGGUUACACAUCGGACGAUCCAGAGCAGUCGAGUCGUAGACCCGACCGUCAGGGGCGUGCCACGUGGUCCGCCACACCAGGAGACGCGACGCCUAUGGAGAUCAGACGGUUGAUCAAAGCAGAGGCAGGCAAGGUGAAGAGCAGCGGCGUGGGGAGGAGCAAGAGCAAGAGCACGAGCAAGGGGCGGGCGGACAGAGUGCAUCCAGAACCCCAGACGACCCCUGCGGGAGCGGCAGCGGCAGCAGUAGCCGCUGCUGGGCUGGGGAGGUCUCCGGGGAAAGGCACUGUGGGCAGGGGAGAUGGGGGAGCAGGGGGAAGGGGAGGCGGAGAGGACGUGGCAGACGACGUGGCAGCGGCAGUGCGGGCAUGGGCUCGGCAGCGCAGGGAGAGCUUGUCAGGGUGCGGAAAGGGGGAAAAGGGGGAGGGCGAUGUGAGGAGGCAGGAGCAGAUGGUGGGGGUGGAGCGGUGGCUGCAGCAGCGGCUGGUGGAUGGGUACUCGGGGGGCAGUGAGGGCACCAAGAGCGCUGCUUGGGAGCUCCGAUCCGGAGGCUUUGGGGAGGCCACGGGGGGUAAUGCUGGUGCUGCUGGUGCUGGUGCGAGUGGGGGGCGCAGGCAGCGGUCUGGGGGGGGAGGGGAAGGGAUGAGGGGAACAGGAGGGAGGAAGGAACCUGCAGAAGGGAGAGCACGGUGGGAAGUGAUGGAUGGAGGGGUGCAAGAGGGUGAGAGUGGGAAGAAGGUGAGGAAGGAGGGCCUUGGCGGUUGUGAUGGCAGCGGCACGAUCAAGAAAAAGGCGGCAGCGACAGGCAAUGGUCAUGUGAAGAAGAGCAGCGGUGCAGGUGUGAGUGGAGGAGGGGAGGCGGCUGCAAGUGGAGAGGCAGUGAAGGGGAAGAAGCGCUGUGGUGGCGGCAGUGGCGGUGGGGUGAAGGCAGGUGACGCUGAUGAGAACAGUGACAAGGAGAAUGGUGCCAGCAAGGCAAAGGCCAAGGGGACUGGGAAAGGCAAGCAGAAGCCACGGGGCGUGCGAGCAGGGCUAAGUGGUGAGGAGGAAGGGAUGGACGGUGUGAGUGGGGACGGCAUCGUGGUGCUAGAGCGCCUGGGGGUUGAUUCCAAUGAGAAAGAUAUCGAGAAGCGGAAGAAGAAGGUUGUGAAGAAGACCAGUGUAGGUGGUGCCGAUGCUGGUGAGGAUAGGGCUGCCGAAGUGACAGGGGGAGCAAAAUGCAGGAGCAAGGUGAAGAAAGGGAGCACGGCUCCUGGCAUGAAGAGUGGUGGUGGUGGUGCGGUCGACGGGUGUGUGUGUGAUGGAGAGGGCACUGAUGGUGUGAAGGUGAAAAAGGUCACAAAGAAGAAGCGACCAGUUGGCAGCAUCAGCAGUUCAGAGAAUCAGGAUCUGCUGCUAUCUCUCCCUGACCACACAUCCGUUGCCAAGGAGACCGUGGACUACUCGAGCUUGGUGGCAAGCAACUGAGGCACGCUUACUAAGAUUAGGUUGAGUUGUGUGACCACUUACAAAAUCUUUUUGAAGUUAGCAUGUUGCAUGAGCACAUGUUGCUGGAAUGAUCUGUUGGUCCUUAAAAAGUUUUCAUGCUUGUUUUACACCUAUCGUCGUUUUGAUUGUUGACUGAUACUACC